UGUGAUGAGGGCCCUGGGUUCUGGGUUUGCGCUACGCCCCUGUAUCCAUUCACAUAAGAACUGUUUGGACCGCUGAAACUUUCAAGUCCUUGCUUAACCCUCGUGUUGUCUUCCCGUCAACAAUGGUCACUUUUUUUCAACAUUAUUAUGGCUUUUUCCACACAUUUGUGUCACUUUUUUAACGUUGUGGGUGCUUUUCGUUGAUGUUUUUGUUGUUUUUUGAUAUUUUUAAUCUUGUUGAUUUUCAGCGCUCAUUUCAAAAGCCGUUUUUUUUUGUGACAAAAAACAACAACAAAAAGAACUGAAAACGGGUCAGUUUGACCCAAGGACAACAUGAGGGUUAAGACUCACUUCUCUUUGUUUCACGUUGAUUCACGUUAAUCUUUGACACCAACCUUUUUUCCACUGGUGAUUAUUUUGUAUAGUGUAUUGUUUGUGUAUGCAGUAUUCAUUUGUGUUUUUGAGCUUGUUAAGCCCUUUGGUCAACUAUGGUUGUUUUUAAACCCUGCUAUAUAAAUAAAUUGAACAAAAAUAUGAACUGAACAUAAGAUAGGUUGUGUAGGAAUUAGGCUUUUACAACAUUGCUAACCUGUUUUUAUUAGAGUUCACACAGUUCAAUAAAUGGAGAUAUUUCCCAGUAAGAGAACUUUUUGCUCCAUUUAUUGCUGACCCAGUCAGAGAGACUGAGGGGAAAUGACACAAAGUUUUUUUAAAGACUAAAAGAUUUGGUUCUCUUGAGGACACAUUGGGGGCUGGAGGCCCAGAAGCCACCCCUCUGCUCCGCCCCUGCCACCCUUUAGCAGCAUACAUUCACAUUUAUGCAAACAUAAACAUACGUGAUGUGCUGUGGAGGUGUGUGUCUCUGCAUUCGGGUGUGUGUGUGAUAUAUGAUUCCCUAACCAAUCACAUGCCCAUUCCAUAACGAGGGCUGCAUGUAUAAACCGAGUGUUCAUUUAUGCACAUAUGAGUAAGAGAAGGAGAAGAGGGAAAGAGCUGUCUCCGGUCCUACUUGCUGCCUGGUUCUGCUGGUUCUGAAGAAAAAAGAAGCUGAAAGAUGAGGACUCUGGCGGUCCUGGUGCUCUGCUCCCUGGCUGUCGUCUGCCUGACUUUAGAUGCCUCCACUGGCUCGCAGCCUGCUGACAACCCUGCUCAACACGGUUUGUUUGUGGAGAGGGAGCAGGCCUCCGCUGUGGUGAGGCAGAAGAGAGCAGCUGGAGAGUUAACCCUGACCCAGCUGGAGAGCUUGAGAGAAGUGUGUGAGGCCAACUUGGGUUGCGAGGACAUGAUGGACACACAGGGAAUCAUCGCCGCCUACACCGCCUACUACGGACCAAUCCCCUAUUAGAAACCAAACCACGACCACUGAUUAUUACUGAUGUCCAGUUAAGCCGCACACAAAAUAAGCACAACAUCAUUUAUCCUAAAGGUUUUGACAAACAGUAAAAAGUGAGAGAUGUUGGGUUAAAGAUGGAAGCAGAUAUGGAAUAACAUGUGAACCUAUUUCCCAUCCUGCAUAUAGACCUACAAAAUUCUCUCUGUAAUUCUAUAAUUGCUGUUCGCCUGUAGAGUAGUGUGAUGAAAUUAAAAUACACACAA